AUGCCGUACUGGGACGUGUCGCUUGUGACGAGCAUGCGCGAUCUGUUCAAGGACAAGACGCAGUUCAACGCGGAUAUAUCGCGAUGGAACACCUCGAGCGUCACGACGAUGUACGGGAUGUUCCGGAACGCCAGGUACGCGUUCAAUCAGCACCUAUCGAGAUGGGACGUCAGCUCGGUCACGGACAUGGGGUACAUGUUCCAGAACGCCAAAGCAUUCAACACGAUGCCGGACAGCUGGGACACAUCCAGUGUCGGCAUGCGCGAUCUGUUCAAGGACAAGACGCAGUUCAACGCGGAUAUAUCGCGAUGGAACACCUCGAGCGUCACGACGAUGUACGGGAUGUUCCGGAACGCCAGGUACGCGUUCAAUCAGCACCUAUCGAGAUGGGACGUCAGCUCGGUCACGGACAUGGGGUACAUGUUCCAGAACGCCAAAGCAUUCAACACGAUGCCGAUUGGCUGGGACACAUCCAGUGUCGGCAUGCGCGAUCUGUUCAAGGACAAGAGGCAGUUCAACGCGGAUAUAUCGCGAUGGAACACCUCGAGCGUCACGACGAUGUACGGGAUGUUCCGGAACGCCAGGUACGCGUUCAAUCAGCACCUAUCGAGAUGGGACGUCAGCUCGGUCACGGACAUGGGGUACAUGUUCCAGAACGCCAAAGCAUUCAACACGAUGCCGAUUGGCUGGGACACAUCCAGUGUCGGCGUCACGACGAUGUACGGGAUGUUCCUGAACGCCAGAUACGCGUUCAAUCAGCACCUAUCGAGAUGGGACGUCAGCUCGGUCACGAGCAUGGACUACAUGUUCCAGAACGCCAAAGCAUUCAACACGAUGCCGAUUGGCUGGGACACAUCCAGUGUUACAGAUGUGCACGAUCUGUUUCAUUCGGCUGAGCAUUUCAACCAGCCGAUCAAUUCGUGGAAUGUGUCGCGGGUGAUGAACGCGAGUGGCAUGUUCCACGGCGCCUCCAGGUUCAGCCAGGCCAUCAGGGUAUGGACCCUGAUCCCCGGAGCGGACACGACGGGGAUGUUCACGGGCGCAGACACCUGGCUCUCCCGCGCGUAUCAAACGGAUGGCUCCGACACAACAGACGGGCCGCCGAGCGCUUGGUCCAUGUCCGAGCUCUGCUUGGAUAACGAGCGCGUGCAGUCUGGCUGGUGCGUUGUGUGCGGGACUGGGAGGUACAACCGCCCGGGCGACGAUCCAACACUCGAUGUCGACACCGAGUGCGACACAUUCGGUACCCGUGCAACGCUCCAGGCCGCAGUGAACAGCUGCUUAGAUCCCACCUAUGGUGACCCCACCGGCGUGGCGUGCUGCUCCAAACCAUUAGUGAACUGCGGCGCCGCGGGAACGACCGAGAUGGCCGAUUGGGACGUGUCGUUUGUGACGGAGAUGAACGAGCUGUUCUACAACAAAGGGUCCUUCAACGCGGAUAUAUCGCGAUGGGAUACCUCGAGCGUCACGACCAUGUACAGGAUGUUCGACGAAGCCGCCGCGUUCAAUCAAGAUAUCGGUAGAUGGGACACCUCGAGCGUCACGACCAUGUACAGGAUGUUCAAUGAAGCCGCCGCGUUCAAUCAAGAUAUCGGUAGAUGGGACACCUCGAGCGUCACGGACAUGAAAGAGAUGUUCAGUUUUGCCUCCGCGUUCAACAAAGAUAUCAGUGCAUGGGACACCUCGAGCGUCACGACCAUGUACCAGAUGUUCCGGGACGCCUUGGCGUUCAAUCAGCACCUAUCGAGAUGGGACGUCAGCUCGGUCACGGACAUGCACGGCAUGGUCUGGAAUGCCCACGCAUUCAACACGAAGCCGAUGGCCGUUUGGGACGUGUCGCAGGUGACGAGCAUGAGCAGCCUGUUCAGUGGCAAAGGAUCCUUCAACGCGGACAUAUCGCGGUGGCAUGUCAGCUCGGUCACGACAAUGCAACGGAUGUUCUAUGAUGCCUACGUAUUCAACACGGAUAUAUCGCGGUGGGACGUUAGCUCAGUCACAGACAUGUCGUACAUGUUUCAAAACGCCAGAGCGUUUGACAGGUCCCUACAGAGAUGGAGCUGGAAUGUAUCGCUGGUGACGGACAUGGGCAGCUUGUUCUAUAGCAAAGGAUCCUUCAACGCGGACAUCUCCAAGUGGGACGUCAGCUCGGUCACGAACAUGUACCGGAUGUUCAGGAGCGCGCAGCAGUUCAACGCGGACAUAUCGCGGUGGGACGUCAGCUCGGUCACGCGCAUGGAACAGAUGUUUUAUUCCGCCGGCCAGUUCAACGCGGACAUAUCGCGGUGGGACGUCAGCUCGGUCAUUGACAUGCGUCAUAUGUUUGAAAACGCCUACGCGUUUAACAGGGAUAUUUCAAGCUGGGACACGUCGCGGGUGACCGACAUGCAGUCGAUGUUCUCAAACGCGGCGGCUUUCGACGGUGACAUUUCAAGCUGGGAUGUCUCCAGGGUUGA